UAAAGUUGCGCACGACACCUUUGGAAACACUCCCCAUGGCAGCCUCCACCUGCAUGACAAAUUGCACUGUGGACGGUGCCGCCCAGGCAGGGCCGGCGUACAUGAGCCUCCGCAAGGGGCCGGAGCGGGACGGUGAUCAUUUUCCUGCGGGGCGCAGGGGGCGGUCACACCCUAGAGUGGUGGAUGGGAUAUCUUGCAGGCAAAUGUACCUGAGGAGCUACACUUUCUCCAGGAAGGAGAGCGUGCCCGAGAGGACCAAGAAGUGCUUGGCGAGAGUCAAGAAGAGAGUGUUUCGCGGGAAAUUGGUGGUCCGGAGGGCUAAAGAAGUGUCUUGCUCUGCUCUCUUGGCGAUAUUUCAACGCCUUCUCUCUUGCACGGCCAAAAUCGAUGUAGCUGAUUAUCAUCUCUCCCGGAGAGGCUACUGAGUAUACCUGACUGUUACUCUUCGCCUUGAAUCUUUGUCUUUCUUUAUCUUCUGGGUUUUACGUGCUUCAUAUAGGGUAAAUUGCGAGUUAUCUCUGUGAUAUGAUGGUGGGUCGAAUGCAAAGAUCAGUGCAGAAGGGUGGAAGCUGUGAGAGGAUGAUAAGUGUCAUUUGCUAUGAAUUGCUUCUCUUCUCUAUUUUUGGAUGAGGAAAUUGCAUUUUUGUGAACUUAUUACUUCUCAGAUUACUUCA